AUGGGUUUGUCCGUUGAGCUCAAGACCCCGGUGACGGGCGCCUACACCCAGCCCACGGGACUGUUCAUCAACAACGAGUGGGUUGAGGGUGUCGACAAGCAGACCUUCGAGGUCAUCAACCCCUCCACCGAGGAGGUUAUCUGCUCCGUUCACGAGGCCACCGAGAAGGAUGUCGACAUCGCUGUGGCGGCCGCCCGCAAGGCCUUCGAGGGUGUCUGGAGGGAGACGACUCCCAACCAGCGAUCCAUCUACCUCCUCAAGCUCGCCGACCUCGCCGAGAAGAACGCCGAGCUUCUUGCCGCUGUUGAGUCGCUUGACAACGGAAAGUCCAUCUCCAUGGCCAAGGGCGAUGUUGGUGCUGUUGUCGGCUGCUUGAGGUACUACGGUGGUUGGGCCGACAAGAUCGAGGGCAAGACCAUCGAUGUUGCCCCCGACAUGUUCCACUACACCCGCUCUGAGCCUAUUGGUGUUUGCGGUCAGAUCAUUCCCUGGAACUUCCCCCUUCUCAUGCUGUCCUGGAAGAUCGCCCCUGCUCUGGCCACUGGUAACACCAUUGUCAUGAAGACUGCGGAGCAGACUCCUCUGUCUGCUCUUGUGUUCGCCAACCUCGUCAAGGAGGCCGGCUUCCCCGCUGGUGUUUUCAACCUCAUCUCUGGUUUCGGCAAGGUCGCUGGUGCCGCUAUCUCUUCUCACAUGGACAUCGACAAGGUUGCCUUCACUGGAUCUACCGUCAUCGGUCGCCAGAUCAUGAAGGCUGCUGCCAGCUCUAACCUCAAGAAGGUUACCCUCGAGCUUGGCGGCAAGUCCCCCAACAUCGUUUUCAACGACGCCGACAUCGAGCAGGCUAUUUCCUGGGUCAACUUCGGUAUCUACUACAACCACGGCCAGUGCUGCUGUGCCGGUACCCGUAUCUUCGUUCAGGAGGACAUCUACGACAAGUUCCUCGACGCCUUCAAGAAGCGUGCCCAGCAGAACAAGGUCGGCGACCCGUUCCACCCCGAGACCUUCCAGGGUCCCCAGGUUUCCCAGCUCCAGUUCGACCGCAUUAUGGGCUACAUCAAGGCCGGCAAGGAUGAGGGUGCCACCGUCGAGACCGGUGGCGCGCGUCACGGUGACAAGGGCUACUUCAUCCAGCCCACCAUCUUCUCCAACGUCCGCUCCGACAUGAAGAUCAUGCAAGAGGAGAUCUUCGGCCCCGUUUGCGCUAUUGCCAAGUUCAAGGAUGAAGAGGAGGUCCUCAAGCUUGCCCACGACACCACAUACGGUCUGGCUGCCGCCGUCCACACCAAGGACUUGAACACCGCCCUGCGUGUCGGUAACAAGUUGAAGGCUGGUACUGUUUGGGUUAACUGCUAUAACAUGUUGCACCACAGUGUCCCAUUCGGUGGAUACAAAGAGUCAGGUAUCGGCAGAGAACUGGGCGAGGCAGCUCUCGCGAACUACACCCAGAACAAGUCCGUCGCGAUCCGGUUGGGUGGCGCGCUUUUCUAA